AUGCCCUACCACGCCCCAGAUGAGGCCGCCCUCUCCCAAAGCUCCAGCCCCCUGGCCGACAGCAAGGAGAUUGCGGCGGCCACAACGUGUAGCCAGGACCGGCACUGCGCCCAUGGGCUCUUCUGUGAUAAGCACUUCCGGCUGUGCCUUCCCCUGCGCCAGGAGGGGCAGUACUGCCGCCGCGACACCCAUUGCGCCAGGGGCCUGACCUGUAUGUUUGGCAAGUGCCACAGGACCGUGCCGGACGGGCAGGAGGGUGCUCGCUGCCGGCAGGACAAGGACUGCGGCGUGGCCGCCUGCUGCGCCCGCCACCAUGGCGAGCUUCUCUGCAAGAAGAGGUUGGCCUUGGAUGAGAGCUGCUUUGUGCCCCAGGGAGGCCUGGCCUUCAGCAUCAACCAGGUCUGCCCCUGCCAGGAGGGGCUGGUGUGCAGGACCGGGGCUGCUGGCCGAGAGUGA